GGCGCGGAGGCUGUGAGGUCAGAGGAAACGACCAGACGGAGUGGAGGGUGGCGAGGGUACAGCUGGGAGCUGUCAGUGCAGAGGGCCGGGCUUGCGAUCCUGGCAGGAUUCCGAGCUGGGACAUCGGCCGACUUAAUUUGCAGGCAAAGGGCAGUUUCUGAGCUCCGCGCGCUCCGGGAGCAGCCUCUUUUGUAGCAGCACCUGAAAUGCAGGGCCUGGUGCACUAAGCAGUAACGGCGACAGCAGCCACAACGACAGUCCUGGGGCCCUGUGUAGAAGCUUCAUACCCUUGUCUUUGUGUCCGCCUGCGUCCCCACACUCAGAGAUUAUCUUGGAAGAUCUAGGACUCCGAAAUGUUUCCCUUGAAGGAUGCUGAAAUGGGUGCUUUUACCUUCUUUGCCUCGGCUCUGCCACAUGAUGUUUGUGGAAGCAACGGGCUUCCUCUCACACCAAAUUCCAUCAAAAUUUUAGGACGCUUUCAAAUUCUUAAGACCAUCACUCAUCCCAGACUGUGCCAGUAUGUGGAUAUUUCUAGGGGGAAGCAUGAGAGACUGGUGGUGGUGGCUGAACACUGUGAACAGAGUCUAGAAGACUUACUUCGAGAAAGGAAACCUGUGAGCUCUUCAAAGGUUAUGUGUAUAGCAUUUGAGGUGCUCCAAGGCUUGCAAUAUAUGAACAAACAUGGUAUGGUACAUCGAGCACUAUCUCCUCAUAAUAUCCUUUUGGACCGAAAGGGACAUGUUAAAUUGGCUAAAUUUGGACUUUAUCACAUGACAGCUCAUGGUGAUGAUGUUGAUUUCCCAAUUGGGUAUCCAUCAUACUUGGCACCUGAGGUAAUUGCACAAGGAAUUUUCAAAACCUCUGAUCACGUGCCAAGUGAAAAACCAUUGCCUUCUGGCCCCAAAGCAGAUGUAUGGUCUCUUGGAAUCAUUUUAUUUGAGCUUUGUGUGGGAAGAAAAUUAUUUCAGAGUUUGGAUAUUUCUGAAAGACUAAAAUUUUUGCUUACAUUGGACUGUGUAGAUGACACUCUAAUAGUUCUGGCUGAAGAGCAUGGUUGUUUGGACAUUAUAAAGGAGCUUCCUGAAAAUGUGAUAGAUCUUUUGAAGAAGUGCCUCACUUUCCACCCUUCCAAGAGGCCAACCCCAGAUGAUUUAAUGCAGGAUAAAGUGUUCAGUGAAGUGUCACCUUUAUACACUCCCUUUAAACAACCUACCAGUCUGUUUUCAUCUUCUCUGAGAUGUGCUGAUUUAACUCUGCCUGAGGAUAUCAGUCAGCUGUGUAAAGAUAUAAACAGCGAUUACCUGGCAGAAAGAUCUAUUGAAGAAGUGUAUUACCUUUGGUGUUUAGCUGGAGGUGACUUGGAGAAAGAGCUUGUCAACAAGGAAAUCAUUCGAUCCAAACCACCUAUCUGUACACUUCCCAAUUUUCUCUUUGAAGAUGGUGAAAGCUUUGGACAAGGUCGAGAUAGAAGCUCACUAUUAGAUGAUACCACUGUAACAUUGUCAUUAUGCCAGCUACGAAAUAGAUUAAAAGAUGUUGGUGGAGAAGCAUUUUACCCACUACUUGAAGAUGACCAGUCUAAUUUACCUCAUUCAAACAGCAAUAAUGAGUUGUCUGCAGCUGCCACUCUCCCUUUAAUCAUCCGAGAGAGGGACACUGAGUACCAACUAAAUAGAAUCAUUCUCUUUGACAGGCUGCUAAAGGCUUAUCCAUAUAAAAAAAAUCAAAUCUGGAAAGAAGCAAGAGUUGACAUUCCUCCACUUAUGAGAGGUUUAACCUGGGCUGCUCUUCUGGGAGUUGAGGGGGCUAUUCAUGCCAAGUAUGAUGCAAUCGAUAAAGAUACUCCAAUUCCUACAGAUAGACAAAUUGAAGUGGAUAUUCCUCGUUGUCAUCAGUAUGAUGAAUUGUUAUCAUCACCAGAAGGUCAUGCAAAAUUUAGGCGUGUAUUAAAAGCCUGGGUAGUAUCUCAUCCUGAUCUUGUAUAUUGGCAAGGUCUUGACUCACUUUGUGCUCCAUUCCUAUAUUUAAAUUUCAAUAAUGAAGCCUUGGCUUAUGCUUGUAUGUCUGCUUUUAUUCCCAAAUACCUGUAUAACUUCUUCUUGAAGGACAACUCACAUGUAAUACAAGAGUAUCUGACUGUGUUCUCUCAGAUGAUUGCAUUCCAUGAUCCAGAGCUGAGCAAUCAUCUCAAUGAGAUUGGAUUUAUUCCAGAUCUCUAUGCCAUUCCUUGGUUUCUCACCAUGUUUACUCAUGUAUUCCCACUGCACAAAAUUUUCCACCUCUGGGAUACCUUGCUACUUGGGAAUUCCUCUUUUCCAUUCUGUAUCGGAGUAGCAAUUCUUCAGCAGCUACGGGACCGGCUUUUGGCUAAUGGCUUUAAUGAGUGCAUUCUUCUCUUCUCGGAUUUACCAGAAAUUGACAUUGAACGUUGUGUGCGAGAAUCAAUCAACCUCUUUUGUUGGACUCCUAAAAGUGCUACUUACAGACAGCAUGCUCAGCCUCCAAAGCCAGCUUCUGAUAACAGUGGAGUCAGAAGUUCGACACCUUAUUUCUCUACGGAGUGUCCAGAUAUUCUAAAAACAGAUCUGUCAAGAGAAUCUAUCCCAUUAAAUGACCUAAAAUCAGAAGUUUCACCCCGGAUUUCAGCAGAAGACCUGAUUGACUUGUGUGAGCUCACAGUGACAGGCCACUUCAAAACACCUACCAAGAAGACAAAGUCCAGUAAACCAAAGCUCCUGGUUGUUGACAUCCGGAAUAGUGAAGAUUUUAUUCGGGGUCACAUUUCAGGCAGCAUCAACAUUCCAUUCAGCACUGCAUUCACUGCAGAAGGGGAGCUCACUCAGAGCCCUUACACUGCUAUGCUCCAGAGCUUCAAAGGGAAGGUCAUUGUUGUCGUGGGGCAUGUGGCAAAGCACACAGCAGAGUUUGCAGCUCAUCUUGUGAAGAUGAAAUAUCCAAGAAUCUGUAUUCUAGAUGGUGGCAUUAAUAAGAUCAAGCCAACAGGCCUGCUCACCGUUCCAUCUCCUCAAAUAUGAAGAACCAAGAGUAUGAUUGUCAAAAGGACAGACCGACAACAGCACAGCGCUUCACAGCCUUGCCACUCUAAGAACUAGACUUCCAGAUUGUUGCAUUUUCAUAAAGUUUUGUCAUGAGACAUUUUUUUAAACCUCAUGGCCCAAAUAUUCAGCUAGAAUAGAAACUUGACUGUACAUGUAUUGCUGAAAGAAUUUUCUUAACAGUGAAAUCUGAUCAUGUAUUUUUAGCACACUGUGACAAAAAGCCAGAGGAAUUUAGCUGACAAAGCAGAUUUAGCAUUAUCAAGAAAUCUCACUUGCACUGAAAAAGCUGUCUUCCACUGCACUGCACAGAUAGUCCUAACACAGGUAUUAUUUAGAAAUAUAGAUUGAAUGUGGGCUGAAGUCAUCUUUCCAUGAUAAUGAAAAGUGAAAAGCUAUUCACAGUACAUUCCUUAUAAGUAAAUGCUACAUCUGGUACCUCAUUUUUGGUCCAGACAGCAUGCGCAUGCACACGUGCGCGCGCGCGCGCGCGUGUGUGUGUGUGUGUGUGUAUGUGUGUGUUUAGAGGGAGAAGAAAAUGAUCAUAGUCUACUUCCAGAAAAAAGAAAAUGUGAAAUCAUUCAUAUUAGAUAGAAUAUUUAUUCAGCUCCCGUAGCAGAGAAACCCAAAAUAAGAGUGACUUAAACAACCUAGAAUGUUAUUUCUGAGUUAAAAGUCUGCAUGGUCAGUCUAGGGCUAGUAUGUUGGUUUCAACAUGAUGACAAACUCAGACAUCUUUGCUCAUUGCUUUACCAUCUUCAACACAUGGUUUCUCUCUCACAGAUCACGAUGACUGCUCAGCUCCCACCAUUACAUCUUCAAUUUAGAAAGAAGGGAAUGAAGGGGAGGGGGAAGAAAAGAAGGAAAGAAAUAGGGAGGAAAGAAGGAAGGAAGAAAAGAUGAAAGAGAAGGGAAGACAUGUUUCUUUAAGAGUACAAACCAGAAGUUGCACAUAUUACUUCUGCUUACAAACCAUUGGCCAGAACUUAGACAUAUGGCUACUCCUGGCUAUAAUGAAAACUAAGAAUAUAGUCUUUGACUGGGCAGCCAUUUACCCAGCUAAAAAAGAAAUUUAUUACUGUGUGGGAAAAGAACACAGGUAGCAGGUAGCAGUCUCUGCCACAUUAUUCUAAAAAUUAAAUACUAUACUUCAUUGAAUCUAAGGCACACCACAAUUUUAUGUACCAUGAAGGAAAAAUAAUGCAGCCAAAUAAACUGUGACUCAUCAAUUCUAAGAUGCAUUCCUAUUUCAGAAAUGUGAAAAAAAAAUGCAUCUUAGAAUUAAUGAAAUAGAGUACAUCUUUGAUUGCCUUCACUUUAUUUUAACUAAAACAUGUUCUUUCAUCUUUAACUUAUAUUCUUCUUCAGUGUUAAGUCUACCUAGGUAGAACACCUCGGAAAGAGCCUCAAUUCAAUUUUCUGGGCUAUGGUUUUAUUGUUUGUUUGAGGAUUUUGCAUCUAUUUUUUUUUUUUUACAUAUAAUUAACAUACCUUAAAAUUCACCUUUUAAUUCAGUGGUUUUUAGUAUAUUUACAAAAUUGUGCAAUCAUCACUCUAAUUCCAUAACAUUUUCAUCACCCAAAAAAGAAAUCUUGUACCUAUGACUAUUCCCCAUUAACCCCUCCCAAGGUCUUUGAUUUAAUUUUUGUAUAUGGAGAUAGGUAUCCAACUUCAUUCUUGCAUGUGAAUAUCAAGUUGCCAGUGACCAUGUCAUUUUGUUUGUUUUGCUCAAUUAAAUUGUAGUCAUCUAUCAAAUAUGUUUUGAUUACCUACUAUGUGUAAAACACAGACAUAAUCAAUAGUUACAUCAUUCUGUGACCCCUGUGUUAUAUACAAAGAAAACAUGAGAAUUAAUGAGAAAACAAAAUUUUACAAUUUCUCUAACAUCUUUUUUGGAUCAUCAUCUACCCUGUUUAGGGAAGUAUCAAUUCCUCCUGUUCUUUCCGUCAAUCUUUGAUGACUUCUCUUAUUUCAAAGUCAUGAUGCAGCACUGAUGAUCAUUUGGAAGGAGUGGUUCUGAGUUUUAACUUUGCCUUACUGAGGAAGCGAAGAAGGAUGGAGGGGAGGGGAAUUGGAUGGAACAGGGCGGUAGGUCAUGGGAGAGGAUAAAGACCUGAGUGUUGCGAGAAGAUAAAGUAGCCAACCUGCGUCACAAUUUUGCAUUUGAUCUUCCUUAAAACCUGGUAUGUUUAGACUUUUGAAAAACUGCAAGCUUUUUAAACAUUGAAAUUAUGAAUAAUAUUUAAUACUCUCAAUAGCAAGAGAAAGAACAUACAAUCACUGCCAUGUUUACAUGCACAGCAUGUGAUUUGAUGGCAGAUAGUUUCAAGAAAGUUGACCUCAACAACUAUUUGUUGAAUUAAACCUAUGUAACCCAUGAUUUGUAGAGGUCCUUUUAAUUAUGUUACUGAUUCCUAUACUAUCAGCAUCAGCAUUGUUUGUUUCUGGCAUCAGCAGUCGCUUUCCUCUUCCUGGAAUGCCCUUAGUACCACUACCAGCACACACACACACACACACACACACACACACACACACACACACGUACACUAAUAAAUUCUUCAUAAUCCAACACACCAGUAGCAUCUCCCUCAGUCUCUGACUUCCCCAUGCUGCAUUAAAAGCCUCAAAUCUAUCAAAGCAUUUCAUUCAUGUGUGUAGUAAUAGACUUACUACAUUAUUUUGCAGCUGUCCACAUUUGGGCCCUAUAUUAAAGUAUGAGCCCCUUUAAGGUCAGAAACCAUAAUUUAUACCUCUUGUUAUCUUCAGCAACCCACUGCACUGGAGAGGCUUGAUAAAUGUAAAAGUGAAUUGAAUAUCUAGCUUAGGGAUUUUAUAAUCUAUAUAAAUAGAAAAAAAAUUAAAACAGCCCAGGUAAUUUAUUUUCAAGUGCCAAACUUACCUGGUACCUAAUGAUGUAAAUAAAUCGAAAUCUCAAUUUACUGAGUAAAGAAAGGAUCUUUAGUAUUCCAGCCAGCUCUUAAAAUUUUAUAAUCCUAGAAGUUGGAACAGAUACCUUCCAACAACAAGGUAAGCUAAAUUAGUUGAAUCCCUUUUCUAAUUUCUAAUUUCACAGAAAUGCUAGAUUAGCAAAGAAUAUUAAAAAUAUCUAAUACUUUACCAAAACUGAAAGGAAUAGACAAAAGUUCCUUGAUAUCAAAUGUGAAAAGGAGCUGAAACACUAUCAGGCCCAUGAAAUAUCACAUAUCAAGAUAGGCCCUAGGAACAGAGGUUUUAACAUGCAUGUAGGAAUGGAAGACACAGUCUUGGGUCUUCUGGUAGGGAGAUGGUAUUAAGAUUACAAAGUGACAUUCUCAAAGAACUCUGCUCCAUGAAAUGACUAGGAAUAAUUUCUGACCGAAUCAGGGAACCUGCAGGGGAGAUAGUCAUGGCCUGGUAUUCAGAGGGAAGGAAGACAAAUCUGUUGUAGACAGAUAAAGAUGUUUAAUGGAAAGGCUGGGGUAAGUCCCCAAAUUAGAACAGGCUUUAGGGCUUGUGUUCAUCUGACUAUUUAAAAAUAAGAGCAAUGAAUUACAUCAAACUUUUGAAAAUCAUAGAUAGUGCCAGAUCUUUGUUCAACUCCUCUGUUCCCUCCUCCAAAUAGUACUUUUAAAAAAUACUUCUUUAGGGAUUAAUAUCAAUAGUGUGGUACAGCAUCUCAAAAGUAUCUUAUGCAAUGGUCUCUCCUGGUGAAAUCCACUAUAAGGGGAGAAGACUGCUGCUUUUACAGCCUUAGAGUUGGUAGCUGUUUCACUCUAUCAAAAUCAGUCCUCUCAUUCAUAUACAUGCUGGCUCUAUAUAUACCCAUUGUUAACCAAAUAACAUAUUUUUCUGGAUAAACAUUAAGCCAAAGAGUGGAAGCAAAACAAUAAUAUUUAUGAUAAAUUUUUGUUUGGGUGUUUGGUCACAACUACCAUCUUAGAUUUUAUGUGAAAAAAUAACAGGGAAACCUUACAAAUCUUAACUGCCUGACACUAGAAAUUUAGCAUAUGCAGUUGAUCUCACACAACCUUUAGGUUUUGUAUUCUAGUUUUAUUAUCUCAUUUAAUAUUAGAAAUAGUACACAUUGUAAAUAAGCUAUUUAAAAGUUUAGCUGUAUUUUUUAAAAGUAUGUAUUAUAUCUUUUCUGAGUAAUGUUCUUGUUAUUAUCUUGUGAAAAGUGUCACAUGAAGUAUAAAUUAGGAUCUUGGCAAAUUCAGGAUUACAUAGAUUGUGAUAUUUGUUACUUCUACUAUGUCUUUCAGGCCUAAUGUCUCCACUUGAAUUGAUAUUCUUUAGUAUCCCUUUUAACACCUUUCAGAAGACCCAUUUUUAGCUUACAUUGUCUGCAGCAUUUCAAUAAUACUCUUCUGUUCUAAUGCUCACUGUGACCAAUAAACAGUGCAUGGGUGGGUACCAAGGCACUGUAUUGCCGACAGUCCUAGAUAUAAUAUAGUAAUCCCCUGGGCAGUGAAGGUCAAAACACUGCCCCUUCUUGGCUUAAGACUAAUCUAGGAGCUAUAACAAAUGCAUUUAAAGCAUUAGAUGGGAUUCUAAAUAUUGCUUUCUGCCACGCUAAAAGAUUAAACUUUGGAAAAUA